CUCAGACUCAGUGCCGUGCUCCGUGCCCACAACACUAACUGGUCACCUUCCUGAACCUCCCGCUCUCUAUGUCCACAUCCACAAACUGUCCGAUUCCUGAGGGCAGGGACUGGCUGCCCAGCUGCUACAGCACCACGCCACGGGGCACGCUAUACGCCGCUACCCCAGGAGGCACCAGGACCAUCUACGACCGAAAGUUCCUGCUGGAGUGCAAGAACUCACCCAUUGCCCGGACACCCCCUUGCUGCCUCCCUCAGAUUCCCGGGGUCACAACUCCUCCAACAGCCCCACCCUUCAAGCUAGAGGAGCUGAAGGAGCAGAAGGAGACAGAGGAAGAGAUACUCGAUGACGCACAAUUUGAAAUGGACAACUAAUCCAGUGCAGAUGAACCCUGUGUGUGGAGUUAUAGAGGGAUCCCUCGUGCCGCUGCUGCCACCACCUCUUUCUGGGGUAUCCAAAGGCCAGCUGGCCUCAUCUGAUCUGGAAGGGAGUGACUUGUUGCUUCUGGGCCUCUUAGUUAAGAGGCAGCUAGACCAGGGAUAAGAGUGGGCAAUUUGCCAAGCCCUUAGCUCUACUUUGUCUUUGGUCUGUAGGUACUCCGCCCAACCCCCAUCCCUCUAAGCUUAGAGGCUGGGACUGUGGGAUGGAGUAUGUCACCUCUGUCUGCUUAGUAAACAUUCAAAGAAAUG